AUCGUUCAACUCUGCUAAAUCAGUUUUCUCUGUUUCACUUUCAUGGCGUCCAAUGACCUUUCUGGCAUCCUCCCUCGCGUCGUUAUCGUCUCCAGGCGUAGCGUUCGCAAGAACAAAUUCGUAGAUUUUGUGGGUGAAUAUCAUCUUGAUCUUAUUGUUGCAUAUGGAGCAGUACCCGUGAUUGUACCUAGAGUGAGUGGGUUGCAUAUGCUGUUGAAUAGUUUCGAGCCGAUUCAUGGGGUGCUCCUCUGUGAAGGGGAAGACAUUGAUCCUUCUCUGUCUGAUUCGGAGACAUCCGGUCUUUCACCGGAGGAAUUGGACGAAAUCAGGAAAUUGCAUGCCAGCGAUACCGCCAUUGAUACAGAAAAGGAUUCAAUUGAGUUGAGGCUUGCAAAACUCUGCCUGGAAAGGAACAUUCCCUACCUGGGAAUUUGCAGGGGGUCCCAGGUUCUAAAUGUUGCAUGUAGGGGGACCCUUUAUCAAGAUAUUGGGAAAGAAUUGUCAAAGAAAUUGCCAGAGAAUCAGAGAAUAAUGCACAUUAAUUAUGAUAAUUAUGAUGGGCAUAGGCAUAUGGUGAAAGUGGUAAAGAAUACCCCUUUGCAUAGAUGGUUUAAGGAUUCAUUAGAGGAAGAGAAAAUGGAUAUUUUGGUUAAUAGUUAUCACCAUCAAGGUGUUAAGAGAUUACCCCAACGUUUUGUACCAAUGGCUUUUGCACCGGAUGGUCUUAUUGAAGGGUUCUAUGAUCCAGAUGCUUAUAACCCAGAAGAGGGUAAGUUUAUCAUGGGACUCCAAUUUCAUCCCGAGAGAAUGAGGCGGCCAGACUCUGAUGAGUUUGAUUAUCCAGGAUGUCCAUCUGCUUAUCAGGAAUUUGUUAAAGCAGUAAUUGUUUAUCAGAAGAAGCUUAAAAGCACAACAUCUGUGCCAAAGCCUCUAAAGCUCAAUCAAGAAAUGGAGAAGAAAAGAAAAAUUAUCGUUAGAAGCUUCUCACUUGCCAGAAACUUGUACUCCACAGGUUCUGAUAUAAAUCCUUCUAAGGAAUCUGAACUUCAAGCUGGAGCAGAAUUUCUUGAGUCAAAUACAGCUUUGAGUAUUCAACAAGAGAAGAGAUUGAAGCAGAUGGGUGCAACAGUGAGGAAUGCAGGUUCUUAUAUUGAGAGAUUGAAACAGAAUGAGGAGAGGGAAAGAUUGGCAAGAAAUAUUAUGGGAAAAAAAUCGGCAGAGCAGUUGGUUGAUCUAUUGUCUUUCUACCAUAUGAUGGGGAAGAUAUGUUCAGAAGUGCUAGAAAAGAAACUUCAUGGCAUUGUCAAUGACCUUGGCUCUUGACUAUCCUCUCCAUGAUGUUUGGAUGGCAUCCUUCCCCUUAACAAAGGGACAGGUCUCCAAAGUACUCACAUGAAACUUGGGUGAUGGAUCCCUGUCCUUCCUCUGUAUUGUCUCUAAUGUUAUUUUUAAUUGUAGUGGAUAAAGAAAUUGAACUCAGAGUGUACUGUUUUGCACUCUAGCCUUCUAUGGAUACUGAAAAGAAUGUUAAAUGUAUAUCUAGCCAUCUUGGCACUCUGGUACAAAUCAUUAAAGUCUGCAGCUUCACCUCUCUUUGGCCUGUUAGUUAGGCUUCGUUAAGGCACUUCCGUUCUAUAUCAUUAUUUCUUUCCUCCCAAACCAACCAUUUCUCCAAAUUCACCCAUUAAUCCCUUCAGCUCCACUACCCCACCUCUUCAGGAAUAUGGACUACUUCCUCCUUUUUGUUUUACUCUUGGUUAUCUUUGAGUAUCCCUUGACAUCAAGCACUCCUGAAUUGUACUACAGAAGCUGUAGUAAUCAGUUCAGGUGUGGGAAAAUUGUUGCAGAUUUUCCAUUCUGG